AUCGAUAGUAUCGAUAGUACUCUCAUCUCUGUAGACCGCAAACGCAAGGUAAAAAUCCGCUUCGCUUCUCUUCUGCUCAACUGUACCGCCGCUUUUUGGUCAAAUAUCUCGUAAUUUACGACCGCACGUACACCGGAAAAGCGAGCAGAAUGUCGAGCGUGCCAAAGCGAGCCACUGACGGCGCCCCAGCCGAUGGAAACACAACCGCAGCCGCCGGCAACAACGAGGAGGAGUCGGAGGCGCUGGAGCAGAUUGAUGCCUGCCAGAACGAGAUCGACGCGCUGAACGAGAAGGCCAGCGAGGAGAUCCUCAAGGUGGAGCAGAAGUACAACAAGCUGCGGAAGCCGUACGAGAAGCGCAGCGAACUGGUCAAGCGGAUCCCCAACUUCUGGGUGACCUCGUUUAUCAACCACCCGCAAGUUUCCGGCAUUCUGGACGAGGAGGAGGAGGAAUGCCUGCACGCCCUCAACAAACUGGAGGUGGAGGAGUUCGAGGACAUUAAAUCGGGCUACCGCAUCAACUUCCACUUCGACGAGAAUCCUUACUUCGAGAACAUGCUCACCAAAGAGUUCCACUUGAAUUCAGCGGCUGCUUCAGAAAACGGCGACUGGCCCGCGUCCACCAGCACGCCCAUCAAGUGGAAGGAGGGAAAGAACCUGCUCAAACUUCUGCUGACGAAGCCCUACGGCAACAAGAAGAAGCGCAACUCCGAGUACAAGACCUUCUUCGACUGGUUCUCGGAUAACACCGAUCCCGUCAACGAUGAGAUCGCAGAACUGAUAAAGGACGACCUCUGGCCCAAUCCACUGCAGUAUUAUCUGGUACCUGAUAUCGAGGUGGAGCCCGAGGAUGAGGAGGACAACGAAGAAAACGAGGAGGAGGCAUUCGAUGAUGAGGACGGUGAGGAUGAGGGCGAGGAAGAAGACGAGGAUGAAGAUGACAAGUAA